AUGGCACCCAAGAAGAAAAAGGAACGCAUCAUCCCACCCAACUAUGCCAGACAGGCACAACUCGAACAAGAAGCCAAAGAAAGAAAUGAAGCCGAAUUCGCCAAGUUGUCCAGGCUCGACAACUCUGGCUUUGCCAACAGACGCAUCCCCAUGAGCCGUGAAUCAGAACGCUAUCAAUCUCCCGAAUACGUUGCACAGUACUACAGGGAGAUGAGGGGACCAAGUCCUGAGGAUGCAGUGGGUACUGCUCUUCCUGCCUUUACAUCCAGAUUUGGUGGAGUGAACCAAGCAGCUUCUUCCUCUAGCAUGGGCAGAACAAACACUGGAGCAGUGGCCCGCAACCCCUCGACCAAAGCAGGUCAUAUCGCUGCUUCGAACCUAAACUUCAAGAAAGAGGGUACUGCUCAGAAGGCAGAGUGUGACGCAGCUUUGGAGAGAGCUAAUUCCGUCAUCGGAAAAACUAGAGCUGGAGAGAAGAGAGCAAGACAAGAGAGCAAGGAAGUUGAAGAAGAAGUUGUACAAGAGGGAACUGCAGCUCAAGAGGCUGGAGAAGAGAGACAGUAUGCUCAGAGUAAGAGAGCUGGAAAACGGGUAAUGACGAGGUGGAUAGAUGACUCUGAUUGA